AUGACAAGAGAAAGAUAAUUACUUGAUGAUACAAAUCUUGAUGAUUUACUUGGUAAAAAGAAUGCAAAAUAAAAAGAAGAUAUAUUGAAUAAGCCUUUAGAAGCAAUAUAGCAAUAACUCUCUUACUAUAUUUUUACUAGUAAAACUUCAGAGUUAAAGAGCUUUAAUACUCUUAAUGUACUUGACGAUGAAAUACAACACUAGGUAGUAGAGUAUAGUAAAAAGCCUGACUCAUAGAACUUCGAUUUGGUCGACUUUUAAAAAGAAGCGUUUAAGAGAGCGGAAGAAUAAAGAAGAAAGCAAGAGGAAGAGAGAACGAAUGCCUUUAAAAAUAAAGUGUUUGGUGGCAUUAUGAGCAAGUUCUAGCAAUCAAAGGAUGAGAAAAAGACAAAUAAAAAGUAAAUGACUCUGGAUGAAUUAGAUUUUGAAACUCUAAGCUUAAAAGAAAUAGCUUAGCUUCCAAAUGAUAAUAAAGUGUUAGAGUAAGAAAAAGCGAAACUAAAGAAGACAACACGGAGAGUGAUUAAUCCAGAAGAUAUUGAGCUACUUUAACUUCUCUUUGCUGAUGAAUUGAUUUCAACUUAGCAUCUGCAUUAUACCAAAGAAUAAUAGAAUAUGGAAAAUAGCAUAGAUGAAUAGGAGGGUGAGAGUGAUGAAAGCCAAUCAAAAGUAAAGUAAAAGGAGGACAAAUUGAAUAAAAAUGUUGACUUGGAAUAGUUAGAGAAUCUUUCAGAUAUCCAUAUGGACUUGGGAGGAUUAACUAGAGAAAUAGCCCCUCUAAAGCACAAAAAGAUUGAUGAUAAAAAGAUAAGUGAUAAAAUCUAUGUGAAUCUUCAUAGCACGGAUGAUGAAGAAAAUCUAGUAGGAUAUCACUUUUUUCAUCAUAUAAUUGGACUUUCAAAUUUGAAGAAAUUGAUGAAGGAUAAAAUAGAUGAAUUAAACAUUUCUAAUUUUAACACUGUUGUCCAGGAUGAUACUUCAGCUCUUGAAGAUAGUGUCUUAAUGAAUUAAAAAGAUGAUUCAAUUGAGCAGCUCAGCAAAAACUUUGAUUUCGAAAAUUAAAACAAAGAUCAAGCUAAAAAAUAGGCUUACUAAGAGUACAAGCAGUAAUAAGCGGCUAAGAGACUAAGAUUGAAUAAGAGAAAUGACUAUAGUAAUGAAGACGAUGAUGGCUCUUAAAGUGAUGAAUAUGGUGAGGAAAAAAAUGACGAAAUUUAUCCAUUAAAAGGACAAGAUAAGUAGGCGAAUUUAAGAAAAUCUGUUACUGCUAAGAGUGAUAAUUCAAAGUAAUCUAGUAACAAAGGGAAUGAAAAUCUCUAGUAUUAGAGAGAGAUUUCAGAUCCAUUAACUGAUGAAUCUCCAAAUAAAAAAUAGCAAAAGCAAAACAAUUAAGUGAAAGGACCUAUGAAUGAUUUUUUCAACCAAAAGUUUUAGGCUAGAAGACAUGAGAUGGAUCAAUUUCUGAGUAAGAGAAUGAACAAUAAUCCUGAGUAAUAAAAAUCAUAACCCAAUUCUCAAACUAGGCCAGUAAAAUCUGGCUAGCAGUCUAUGCAAUAAUAAUUAUAGCAGUAACUGCAAAACAAUGUUAGAUAAGGAUAGGUUUUAUCAUAAUCUGAUAGAACUGGAGGGGCUGGAGCUAGUAAUUAUAAUUCAAGAGAAAGAGGUACUUCUGGUUCAUUAGACAAUAAUUAAAUUCAGAAUACUGAUGGAAUCAAAUAAUAAGCAGGUUAAUAAAGUGAAUUUGUUUAAUUGGUAAUGGAUUAAUCUAAGUUGGAGGAUAUUAGACUGUUUAAAAGCUAAGAUCCAGAAUACAUGUACAAGAUUGAAAAGUUGCUUGAGAACAUUGAACAGAUUAGGGAAAUCAGAGAGUCUCAGAAAAAUUAGUAAAAGCCGAAGUUGAUGUUAGAAGUUCUAAAGCGUCUUGAGAUUUUGAUAAAUUAGCUAUAUCAAUUGAUAAAGAAUAAUGAGAAUAAACUAAUACCACUCUAAUUUAUAGCAAGAUCAUUUAUGGUAUAAAAUGAUGAUUUUAAUGAGAUUCUAAAGGCAAAGAUUCUUCCACUAUUGAUUAGAGAGUAUCAAAAGAACAGAGAGUAAAAUAAACAAAAAUAGGCUAAAAAGCCAGGUUUUGGUGCAAGUAAUGAGCCAAGCUAAUCAUAUGGUAAUGGCUAGUAUUCUUAAAAUAUGGGAGUCAGUUAAAAAAAUAUAAGCCAAUUUAAUAGUAAAGAGGGCAGCUAGAAGUAAUUGUAGUAAGUGCCCAAAUAAGUUCCCAAUAAGAUAUAGUAAAAUAUGAAGAGUUACUUUCAAUAGUAGUCCAUAAAGCACCUUUCUCAAGUUAAUAAGACAAGAAAUCCUGAUCAAUAAUAGUAGCAAUAGUUUUUAAAGAGCAAAAAGUCCAUGGAAUCAGCACCAUACAUAGAUUAUAAGCAGACAAGUGGUAAAAAUACAGGGGGGCCUGGAUCUAAAGCUUAUCUUACAAAUAGCACUAACAACAAUAAAACAAAGAGUAAUAAGAGUCCAGUGAAGUCUUAGAAAAACAAAAAAAGAGAUGAUAGUUAAGAAACUUGGAUCGGGUCAAAGAAUGAUAGCUCAGAUGAGAUAUAUUAUGAUAACUCUACUAAUAACCUAGCUAUAAAAUGA